CCUGUGUAUACUUCAAAACUUUUGCCGCCAAAUCAAUUGGCCACUAAUUUUUUGCAAAUACUAAAGUUUCUUUUUAUAGAAAAUUGUUGCAGAAAUUAUGGAGGAAGGUGGUGGAUCCAGACCAAAAGUGCUUCAAAACACAGGAAAGUUUACAACGGAUACGCGCGCAGAAGGCGAUGACUUCUUCAAUGAGGCUGGAUACCGGCAAUCGCGAGAAAACGACAAAAUCGAUUCCAAAUAUGGAUUUGACCGUAUUAAGGAUAGUAUUGAGCGCACUGGAUAUCUCAUAAAUAUGCACUCGACCGAGAUUUUAGAUGAAGAUCGCCGCUUAGUUGCUGCUUUGGAUUUGUUUUUCAUACAAAUGGAUGGCUCUCGUUUCAAGUGUACCGUUGCUUAUAAACCAUACCUACUGAUCCGCCCGGAGGAAAAACAAUCGCACGAAGUAGCACGUUUCUUGAGUCGCAAAUACUCCGGCCAAUUAGCUGGCGUAGAACAUGUCAAUAAAGAGGAUCUCGAUUUGCCCAACCACUUGAUAGGCAAGCAGCAACAUUUUUUGAAAUUAUCAUUUCUCAACCAGACGGCUAUGACCAAAGUUCGUCGAGAGUUAGCCGCGGCAGUACGACGCAAUGUAGAGCGGGAGAAAUCAAAUACCUUUUAUAUGCAAAUGCUUUCGUCAUCUUUGGCUGGUACAAACUUUGGGGGCGAUGGAGAAGUUAAGAAACAAAUGGAUUAUAUGGAUCUCAUCUUGGAUAUAAGAGAGCACGAUGUACCCUAUCAUGUACGUGUGUCUAUUGAUUUAAGUAUAUUUUGCGGCCAGUGGUAUAAUAUUCGUUGCCGUAGUGGUGGCUUAGAGUUACCCAUAAUAACCCCGCGUCCUGACUUGCUCGAGAGGCCAGAGCCGGUGGUUUUGGCUUUUGAUAUUGAAACCACCAAAUUGCCGCUUAAAUUUCCCGAUGCGCAAACGGAUCAAGUUAUGAUGAUUUCAUAUAUGAUUGAUGGCCAAGGAUAUCUUAUAACAAAUCGCGAAAUAAUUUCCACGGAUGUAGAUGAUUUUGAAUACACGCCCAAACCCGAAUUUGAGGGCCAUUUUAUUGUGUUUAAUGAAGAGGAUGAAAUGCAUUUGAUUCAAAAAUUUUUCGAUCAUAUAAUGGAGGUGCGACCACAUAUUGUGGUUACUUACAACGGCGACUUCUUCGAUUGGCCAUUUGUUGAAACACGUGCUGCUGUGUAUGAUUUGGAUAUGCAGCAAGAGAUUGGUUUUUCCAAAUUGAGAGAUGGGUUCUAUUUAAGCAGGCCGGCCAUACACAUGGAUUGCCUGUGCUGGGUAAAACGUGACUCCUAUCUACCGGUAGGUUCGCAGGGUCUCAAAGCGGUUGCCAAGGCCAAGUUGCGCUACGAUCCAGUUGAGCUGGAUCCAGAAGAUAUGUGUCGUAUGGCUGUAGAGCAGCCGCAAGUUCUAUCCAACUACUCGGUUUCCGAUGCCGUGGCUACUUACUACUUGUAUAUGAAAUAUGUACAUCCUUUCAUCUUUGCGCUGAAUACAAUUAUCCCUAUGGAACCAGAUGAAAUCCUUCGCAAAGGAUCUGGUACGCUAUGUGAGACCUUACUUAUGGUGCAAGCUUAUCGAGCGAACAUUGUCUAUCCAAACAAACAACAAAACGAGCUAAACAAACUUUCCAAUGAAGGACAUGUUUUAGAUUCUGAGACAUACGUUGGUGGUCAUGUAGAAGCAUUGGAAUCUGGCGUUUUCCGUGCCGAUAUACCAUGCCGCUUCCGUCUCGAUCCAAAUAUGGUCAAUCAACUGAAAGAUAAUGUGACCAAAGUGUUGGUACAUUCAAUUGAAGUGGAGGAAGGUGUACCGAUUGAACAAGUUACGAACUUAGAUGAGAUAAACAAAGAAAUAACACAGGCAUUGCAAGGCCUCCACGAUAUUCCUAAUCGUUUGGAGCAACCUGUCAUCUACCAUUUAGAUGUUGGCGCUAUGUAUCCCAACAUUAUCUUGACCAACCGAUUGCAACCAUCUGCUAUGGUAAGCGAGACCGACUGUGCUGCUUGCGAUUUCAAUAAGCCAGGUGCUAAAUGUAAGCGCGUUAUGGACUGGUUGUGGCGCGGAGAAAUGUUACCUGCAACUAGAAAUGAAUUUCAACGUAUACAACAACAGUUGGAGACCGAAAAAUUUCCACCACUGUUCCCUGGUGGCCCGACACGUGCAUUUCAUGAACUAUCGCGGGAAGACCAAGCGGCCUAUGAGAAAAAACGUCUCAGCGACUAUUGUCGCAAGGCUUACAAAAAGACGAAGAUAACAAAAUUGGAAACGCGCACAUCAACCGUUUGUGAGAAGGAAAACAGCUUCUAUGUGGACACCGUACGCGCUUUUCGCGACCGUCGUUACGAGUACAAAGGUCUGACAAAGGUGGCGAAGGCAGCGGUUAAUGCGGCCCUUACAUCUGGCGACGCAACAGAAAUUAAAGCGGCGAAAGGCAGAGAGGUGCUUUAUGACUCCUUGCAGCUGGCCCAUAAAUGUAUUUUGAAUUCUUUCUAUGGUUAUGUUAUGCGUCGUGGAGCGCGUUGGCAUUCCAUGCCAAUGGCUGGCAUUGUAUGUUUAACUGGCUCGAAUAUAAUCACAAAGGCUCGGGAGAUAAUCGAGCGCGUUGGACGCCCUCUAGAGUUGGAUACAGAUGGUAUUUGGUGUAUAUUGCCAGGAUCGUUCCCACAGGAAUUUACGGUACAUACAACGCACGAGAAGAAAAAGAAAUUCAACAUCUCUUAUCCCAAUGCGGUAUUAAAUACGAUGGUGAAAGAGUACUUCACCAAUGACCAAUACCAUGAACUAGUUAAACCCGCUCAGGGUGGCAAACCGCCAGAGUAUGUGAUACGCGAAGAGAAUUCAAUCUUCUUCGAAGUCGAUGGCCCCUAUUUGGCGAUGGUGUUGCCUGCAGCUAAGGAAGAGGGCAAGAAAUUGAAGAAGCGAUAUGCUGUGUUUAAUUUUGAUGGUUCUCUUGCUGAACUAAAAGGGUUUGAAGUGAAACGUCGUGGUGAAUUGCAGUUAAUUAAGAAUUUUCAAAGUUCUGUUUUCGAGGCUUUCUUGGCGGGCAAUACUUUAGAGGAAUGCUAUGCGUCCGUGGCAAAAGUUGCUGACUAUUGGCUGGAUGUGCUUUAUAGCCGUGGCUCUAAUUUACCAGACUCGGAACUUUUUGAUUUGAUCGCUGAGAAUAAAUCUAUGUCCAAGAAGCUUGAGGACUAUGGCGAACAGAAGAGUACUUCUAUUUCAACAGCAAAGCGCUUAGCUGAAUUUCUGGGCGAUCAAAUAGUGAAAGACGCAGGUCUAGCCUGCAAGUACAUAAUUUCGAAGAAGCCCGAAGGUGCACCAGUUACGGAACGUGCCAUUCCACUAGCCAUUUUCCAAUCGGAACCCAAUGUGCGCCGAUACCAUUUGCGUCGUUGGCUCAAAGACAAUACAAUGGGUGAUGCUGAUAUACGUGAUGUACUUGACUGGAACUACUACAUUGAGCGUCUAGGUGGUACCAUACAGAAGAUCAUCACUAUUCCAGCAGCUCUUCAAGGCCUGCCAAAUCCAGUACCCCGCGUACAACAUCCAGAUUGGCUUCACAAAAAGAUACUCGAAAAGAACGAUGUGCUCAAGCAGCGGCGCAUUAACGAAAUGUUUAUGCCCAAAGCUAAAACUGCGCGUGAAAUACGUGCCACAAGUGAAGUACCUGAUAUGGAGGAUUUAGUGGCUAGUAACGGAGCUGAGGGUGCGCUAGGUGGACGGCCAGUUGUAACAAAACGAAAGCGCGUAAACUCUGGUGAAUCGGAUGAAAAGGAGGGUGAAAAAGAGAGCGCACCUGAGGCGACAACGUGGCGACAAGCGCUUGGUGCGCCACCUCCAAUUGGUACAACUCGCGCCAAAAUAAUCGAAUGGGUGCGUUUUCAGAAGAAAAAAUGGGCGUGGCAGCUGGAGCGACGCCAACGUGUGCGGCAAGCCAAUAAACGGCCGCGCAAUGAGCAAACUGUGGCACCACUAAUGCCAAGCGCAAGGGAUGGCGCCACAGCUACAGGCACAAUCGGUGGUUUCUUAAGACGCGCACAACGCGCGCUCAUCGACCAUGUGUGGCAUGUGCUCCAAAUCGUAUCAAAUGAUGAUAUGGGACAUUUCACUGUAUGGCUGAUGAUCGGCGAUGAGUUACAUCGCAUAAAAUUGACAGUACCGCGUAUAUUCUACGUGAAUCAGCGUAACGUUGCGCCGCCCGAAGAUGGUCAGUUGUGGAAGAAGGUGAAUCGUAUACUGCCACGCGCGCGACCCGUUUACAACCUAUAUCGGUAUAGCGUGCCUGAGCAGGUAUUCAAAGACAACUGCCUUGGAAUGCUGGCUGACCUGGCUACACCGGACAUCGAAGGGAUAUAUGAGACACAAAUGUCUUUAGAGUUCCGCGCUCUAAUGGACAUGGGUUGUAUGUGCUCGGUUCAGCGUCAGGAGGCGCAACGUUUAGUUGCGCUAGCUUCUAAGGACUUGGAGAGUUUCUCGAUAGAGCAAUUGGAGCAGCGCCUGCAAGGCCAUAUAUAUCUGAAAGGCGCUCAAGCCAAAUUACGCAAAAUAUUCCUAUACCAGCACAACACUCCCACAGCCAAAAAGGAAAUUUGGGGACUAUUUUUGUUGUCCAGCAGAAAGGCAUUGAUCUUUGCACUGGAUACAGUGCGCACCAAUCAAAUGCCAAAUAUGCGCACACUAUAUACGGCCGAACGCUUAGCACUUAUCAAGACUAUGAAACAUGUGGCCGAAGUUGAGCGUUUGCCGCCCGAGGAGUUUACAUUCGAGGUUCUCAUCGAAGUAGAUGUAAAGCAGAUUUACCGGCAUAUACAGCGCGCGCUCACAGCUUAUAAGGAGGAGAAACGCGGCCCUUCAAUGUUGUAUGUUCAAACGGCGACGGAAGCGCGCAAAUUGAAUUCGGCUAUGCCUAUUUUAUUAGACUUUCCUCAGGCCCGUAUCCACAUUACCGACGAUGCUUCGCUUUUGUCUGGUCUGGAUUGGCAACGCCAAGGUUCGCGUGCGCUAGUUCGGCAUUUUUUGCAUCUCAACAAUGUGGUGGAGAUGAUGUUGGAUCAGUGUCGUUACUUCCAGGUCCCCAUCGGCAACAUGCCCCCUGACACGGUACUCUUUGGUGCUGACUUAUUCUUUGCUCGCAUUCUUCAGCGUAAUAACUUCGUGCUCUGGUGGUCCACCACUACACGUCCAGAUUUGGGUGGUCGUGAAGCCGAUGACAGUCGACUGUUGGCCGAGUUCGAGGAUAGCAUUACUGUUGUACAGAAUCGGCCUGGAUUCUAUAAUGAUGUGUGUGUUGAGCUAGCGCUGGACAGCUUAGCUGUAAGCGCAUUGCUCCAAUCGAACCGCAUACAGGAAUUGGAGGGUGCCAGCUCGGCAGUAACUUUUGACGUCAUACCACAGGCUUCUUUGGAAGAGAUGAUUGGUACAGUGCCAGCCGCGACGCUGCCAAGUUACGAUGAAACGGCGCUCUGCUCGGCUGCUUUUAGGGUACUGCGGCAUAUGGUUAAUGGUUGGUUGCGCGAAGUGGCGCUGCAUCAGAACAUUUUCGCUGAUUUCCAAUUAAUACACUUCUAUCGCUGGGUGCGUUCAUCAAAUGCGCUAUUAUACGAUCCGGCUCUACGGCGUACAUUGAAUAAUUUAAUGCGCAAAAUGUUCUUGCGAAUUAUAGCUGAAUUUAAGCGACUGGGUGCCACAAUCAUUUAUGCCGACUUCAAUCGCAUCAUACUCAGUUCAGGCAAGAAGACCGUGUCGGAUGCUUUGGGUUAUGUUGAGUACGUGGUGCAGAGUUUGCGCAAUAAGGAACUCUUCCAUUCUAUACAGCUUUCCUAUGAGCAAUGUUGGAAUUUUGUACUUUGGCUGGAUCAAGCUAACUAUGCCGGUAUACGCGGCCAAUUACCACCAGGCGUAACUAGUGACACUGUCUUGUGUAGUGUAGAUGAUGAUGACGAAGAGGGCAAAAAGUCAAAUAAAACCUCGGAAAAGAAAAGUGGUGAGAAUGAUGAAGAUCAAGAUGAAGAUGACAUCGAGGAAAUUGAGCGACCGGAAGAAACUGAUGAAAACGGUUCCGCCAAUGGGGAAAGUGAGCAGCAACUCUCUCUGGAACUUAAUUGGACUAUCGGCGAACAUUUGCCCGAAGAGAAUGCAUGUCGCGAUAAAUUUGAGACGCUACUUACAUUAUUCAUGCAAUCGCUGGCAGAGGGCAAGAACACUCGGCAAGCUAUAAAGGACAUAUCUCACCCGGCAUUUGAUUUCGUGUCCAAACUGCAUAAAAAUUAUGGUAAGGGAAGGCCAAGUCCUGGUUUGGAUUUAACACGAACGCUGGUGAAGGCGUUGAGUGUUGAUAAAGGACUGGCCGAAGAGGUUAACGGCUUGCGAAGAAACAUGUUGCGACUUGUAGGCAUGGGCGAAUUCUCCGAUCUCGCUGAGUGGAAAGACCCUAGUGACACCUACACCAUCGCAGAGGUGAUUUGCAAAGCAUGCAAUCACUGUCGCGAUCUGGAUUUGUGCAAAGACAAACAUCGCGCAAUGAAGGAUGGCAUACCAGUUUGGUUGUGUGCCCAGUGCUUUGUUGCCUAUGAGAAUGAGGAAAUCGAAAUGCGAAUUAUCGAUGUGGUACAACGUAAAGCUAUGUCCUACGUAUUACAAGAUCUGCGAUGCAUACGUUGUAACGAAAUCAAACGUGAAAACCUCGCCGAGUUUUGCACCUGUGCUGGAGAGUUUGCUCCGCUUAUAAGUGGCCAAGAAAUCAAUAGGCUGUUGCGCACUUUUCGGCGCGUAGCGGAAUUUCACAAAAUGCAGUUGCUGCAGGAGACUGUGGAGCAGAUUAUUCCAACGAAAUAAUAUGUACUGUACUAGUUCUGCUAUAAGUAUGGGUGACUUUUUAAAGAUAUUAAAUUAUAGUUAUA